GAGACCAUUGCGGACAAGAUCGACCGGCUCGGCAUUCUCAAGGUCUCCCUUGUCGAGCUCAAGGGCGAACUUAAGGAUGCACAGAAUGCCCUCUCCAAGGAUUUCGAUGUGCUGAAGAAGCUCUCCGAGACCUGCGAUGCCAAGACUCAUGAAUGGGACGUGCGUGAGAAGACCCGCAACGAGGAGUUGUUGGCCAUUCAAGAGACCGUCAAGAUCCUGAACAGCGUGCGGAGCUCAGAUGCUUGGAAACCGGGAUCACACCGAGCUCCUCUCACUGAGCUGCAGGAGCUUAGUUGGGCAGAGCCCUUUGAAGGUACGAGGCAGCCCUGCAUUUUAUCCCCCUCCCAAGGAUGA